AUGUCGAAGGAACCCACCCGCCACCAGCUCUCCGCCCGUCUGGCCUACAAUGCGCGCACGCCCACGUUCCUCCUCAAAAUGCAGCAGCGCGUCUCGGGCGCGCGCGCGGACGACGACGACGACGACGAUGACGACGAGUACGAACACGACGGCUCCGGGCGCCCGCCGAUCCCUAAGCGGCCUGCCAUUCCCGAGCGUCCAGACGACGAUCCCGGCAGCGCAAACGAAGACGACGGCGACGAGAAGCCGCAAGUAGUCGUGCUGCGGGAGGGGAAACAUCUGAGUGCGCGGGAGGUCGAGAACGAGAAGCGGAAAGCAAAGGGCCUGCCUCCCUUGCCCGACCCCGACGCACAGAACGAGCAGGACCCUCCGGCCGGGAAGACAGACACAAACACAAAGCCGGCAGGCUCUGAAAAGAAGGCGCCGACCCAGGGCCUCUCGUUCUCGUCCUCCAGUGCGGCCCCCAAGACGAAAAACGCGAAACGCAAAGCAGUCGGGGACGCGAGGGACGACGAGCCGGGGGACAGGAAAGCAGGCCCUCGCACGAAGAAGAAAGCGAAGAAGGCGCAAAAGACGCUGCUCUCGUUCGGCGAUGGCGACGAGGCUUAA